AUGGACAGUGAAAGGGUUAAGGCCAAACCUGGCAACCCUAACAAGCUGGUUGACCAGGGAAGUCUGGCUUCUGGCUUGACUGUGGAGAUAGUAGAACCCUUACGAGUUACAGGUAAAUUACACAGUCCUAGUGUGGUGAAGCAGAAGGAAAUAGCCCACCAGCGAGAGGCUGAAAUAUUUCAACAUAUUGAUAAACAUAAUACUAAAAAGGUAAAGGAAAUAACUAAAAAGGAGGAGAAGCUGGCAUCUAAAGAACGCAUGCUGCGGGAUAAGCUGGUCCGCUCUUACAAGUCAAGGGAGGAAGAUCGAAUGGAGCAACAACGAGAAAAGGUUCGAAAAGCAGUUCAAGGAAAGGUUGGCUUGCAAAGUGUAAUUUCUGCAGCAUCUCUCUCCUCCAUCUCAAGUGCUACAACUGAAACCAGUUCAGAUUCCAGCUUGGAUUCUGAUUCUUCAGAUUCUUCAACUUCUUCAGAGUCAAAUCCAUCAAAGAUUCUUGUUGGUCGAAUGCGUAUGGACCAAGUGGAAGAGGAGAAAAAUCAGAAUGAAUCUACAAAUUGGCCUCAGCCUAGACCUAAUGAGCAUCAGCAAUUCCCAUCAUAUUAUGAAGGUUACGGUGGUCAUGAAUCACAUACCUUUUCUGAAGAAUGGAGUCACAAUGAUGUUUAUUAUGACCAAGGACGAGGAAGGAGUCGAGGAAGAUGGAGAUUCCCCAGAGGUUCAUGGAGAGGUCAUGGGUUUAGAGACAGAGGAAGAGGGUUCAGAGAUAGAGGCCGGGGUUUCAGAGGCUCUUGGCAACACAACAAAUUUGGACAUGAAAGAGAAGUAAAACCAACAACUUGGUACAAAAGAGGAGAGGGUGAUGACAACCUUUCAGGCUCUAGGUCACGCUCAAGAUCCAGGUCUAGGUCUAGAUCCAGAUCCAGAUCCAGAUCCAGGUCUAGGUCUAGAAGGUCCAGCUCUCGUUCACGUUCAAGAUCUAGAAGGUCACGUUCAAAAUCCCGAUCUCGGUCAAGGUCUAAAAGGUCACGCUCUAGAUCCAGAUCUAGGUCACGGUCUAAAAGGUCACGCUCAAAAUCUAAAAGCAGAUCAAGAUCCAAAUCAAAACCCAAAAGAUCACAUUCAAGAUCCAAGUCACGGAAUAGGUCAAGAGGUAGAACACGUUCCAGGUCUGGCUCAAGAAGUAGUAGUAGGAGUAAGAGCAAGAGACAUAAGCAUUCCAGUCAUGAAAGGUCAAGUCAUUCCCCUGAUAGACAGAGAGAUAAAUACAAAAUUGAGAGGCACAGACAGAGCAGUAACAGAAAGACAGACAGUGAUAAAAAGGAUGAUAUUAACUAUGAUGAUCUCAGGGAGAGUGACUUGGAACUCUCCAGUGAUCCAGAGGACCAUUACUAUGAAGGUGAAUAUGUUGCAGAUGAAGAAUAUGAAGAAAAUUACUACCAAAACUUUCAUCCUCGGGGUCAUGAACGUGGAAGCUACUCUGGCUUCAGAAGAAGUUUUCGUGGACGUUGGCCUCGUAUCUGGCGAGGCAGAAAUCGCGGUGGUGGAUAUUCUGGCUACUAUGGGCGUUUUGACGAGGGUGAGGAUUGGCAACGAGGUCACAUGGGCACAAGAGAUCCUUUUCAAGAUAUAUAUGUAAAGUACUUUGAAAGUGUUACUGACCGUGAAGCUGCAAAUAAGGAAAGCAUUGUUGAAGAAAAGAGAGUGCGAGAAGAAUACAGAGAUAGAAAGGAAUUUGAGGCACCUAGAGAGAGAGAAGCAGACCACAGAGGUGCAUCUAAAGAUAAGUGUAGCAGUCAUGCACAAGAAGACCUUCGUGGUAAUAUGGACACAAGGAGUUGUAUUGAAUAUAAAGAUCAGAGAAAUAUUGAAAGAGUGAGAGGGAAAAGUGAUUGGACAGGAGACUUUGGUCACAGACCAAGAGAAAACGACAGAAAAUCUCACCCUUACAUUGAGAAUCAUAAAGGAGAGAAAGUACUAGAUAGGGCAGGUUGUGUUCCUGAAAGAAGAGCAGUAAUUGAGAAAUAUGAUCAGAAACAUUUAAGAGUUGAAGAGGUUAAUGUUAGAAAGCAUGACCACAUCACUGACUUUAAUCAGAGACAAAGAGAAAAGUCAAGACUUGGCCGAGAGGACAGCGAAGGUGCCAGAAAGGACCUCGUUUUCCAUGAGAGAGAAAAACACUCUGAAAUGGGAGAUGGAGGCAGAAGAGGCCUGAGCUACGAUAACAAUUUGCGACCCCAUAGUAGUGUUGUGAGGGAAGGCAAUAAUGAAAAACGAUAUGGAAUUACAGAUAAGCAAAGUUUUGAAAGAGUGCACGAGAGAGAGGACAGUAGAAGUGAUGGUAUUGACAUGAGGUGGAAAAAUCAAAUUCUGAGGGCUGACAUAGAAAGAGAAAAGAAAGACAUAUCUGUGAAAGAUAGGUUAAGUUUUGGUAACAUCAAACGUCAGUGUGAUUUUGAAUUUAAUGAAAAUCGAUCAAAGUGUGUUAUUUCUAGUAAAUCAAUGAAAGUGAGACAAGAUGCUGAAAUUAUUGAAAAUAGAGGACGCCGAAAUAACACUGAUCACACUGAAAGCAGAGGGAGAAUUGACAUGGGAAGUAACAAAAUGAGGGAAAGAAGGGAUAUCCAACCUAAAGAACCUAGACUUAGACAAGAGGUCCGUAGUGAAAGGAGAGUGAGAAGUGAUGUAAAGCAUGAAGUAAGGGAGCGGUCUAAUGCUGAACAUACUAUGAGUAGAGACAGACGUGAUGAACACAGUGAACUUAGAAUGAAACGUGAACCUAGUGAAGCUACGCAAAGUUAUAAGUCUGAAAGUGAAUCAGAUGAUCAUUGCGACUCUCAUAGAAAAAGGCAUGUUGAUAGUGGUAGAAAGAGGAGGAAAAGAAGGAAGAAAAAGAGAGAUGAAAGAAGUGAUGAUGGAAGAAAACAUAAGCACAAAAAGAAGAAGAAGAAAAGAGGAUCAGUGAGAGAUUGAAAUUGCUCACUGAAUUUUUUCAGGUUAAAAAAAUCAAGAAAAAAAAAAAUGUGUAAAUUAGAUACACGUUAAGAAUGUUACU